UGACAUACCUACCGCCUAAACGUUGUGUACGUCACCGCGUGGAGACGAGGUACAUAAGAUUGACUGAUAUAGGACGUGGGAAAAUGAUGUUGGGAAGUCUCCUGUUACUUUUUGUCAGUCAGACACUGAUUUUCAGCCCUAGUGUUGCUGAAAUUCCUAAAGACCCUGAGUGUGGCAGCACCAAAGGAUGCUUUAGUGGUUGUAUUGGAGGCUGUUAUGAAGUUUCUUGGAAGGAGGUUGGAGACUCUAUGGAGUUCACCCUGAAAGCAGAGGUCACCACAGAAACAUAUGUUGCCAUUGGAUUCUCCGAUGAUGAAAAGAUGGGCGGUGACAGUGUUGUCGGAUGCAUCAACAGUGGUGGAACGGUACAAGUCUACAACGCUUUCAAUGCGGCAGGUGCAAAAUUCAACCAGCCCAUCACAAACAACAAACUUGGAUUGAGUGCCGAGUCAGGAUCAGUGGCCAGUGGAGUAUUCACCUGCAGUUUUACACGCAAGACUGUGUCAACAGACAGUCAGAUCUACAACCUAAAUAAUGAUUAUUAUAUAUUACUGGCCAAGGGUCCAGCAGCAGGCACUGCUUUUGGCCGACAUGAUCUCACCAACCUGCCACUGGUGUCCGCACAGAUGGCAGAUUUCCAGUCAACCACUGAUCUGACAGGAAGCGCUGUAAACAUCCUGCUUAAACUCCAUGGAUGUUUGAUGAUAUUUGCGUGGAUAUUUUUGGCGAGUAUUGGAAUCGUCCUGGCCAGAUUCUAUAAACCUGUCUGGACUGAUAAGAAGAUGCUUGGAGAAGCUUACUGGUUCCAGUUACACAGAUCUUUGAUGGUCCUGGCAACGUUAGCUGUCAUCGCUGGAAUAGUGGUCAUAUUUGUAGACGUCGGCAAGUGGAGUCAGCUUAUUGGUCAGGAGGAAUGGAAGAGAGCUCAUCCUUAUAUUGGUAUUGUUGUAGGAGCCGUGGUGAUCAUUAAUCCCCUUAUGGCCGUGUUCAGACCACAUCCAGGUGAUGACUAUCGUUAUAUAUUUAACUGGGCCCAUUGGGCUGUUGGAACUAUUGGACACUUUCUGGCUGUUUUCAAUGUUUUCAUUGGAGUGGAGCUACCAGCGACAAAGGCACCAUCUUGGCUGAUUAUAGUACUGGCUGUGUACGUAGGUUAUCAGAUUCUGUUCGAGGUCUUCCUCGAAAUUUACGAUAACUGUUGCAUUGGAGAAACAAAGAAAAAAUCUGAAACGUAUGAAAUGCAUGAAAAGUCUUCGUUUAAUCGACCCCAACAGAACAAUACCACAAACGUAUUCGUAGUGUAUUUCAUUGCCGGAAUAAAGAAACUUGAUCCGGAAUGGCUGUACGGAUGGUCUCAGAGACUUAUAUCUGCAAGUUGGGUAUUUGAUAUUUUUAGGUAUGUUUCCAUUCAUUGGCAUGGCAACCAUGACUAUAUUUUGUUAUCCAAACUGGCCCCGAAGGAUCGUCGACAAAGCAUUAUUCUGGCGGAAAUCCAUUUCUCUUCAGAGAAGCUGCCACUGUAUCUACACAAAAAGCGACGUUAA